CGGAAUUAGCCCGGAUGACAUCAGCUUCCCAGCCCCCCGGGCGGGCCCAGCUCAUUGGCGCGGCGGCCCCUCCAGGACCCGCACAUUGUUCCCCGCCCCCGCCUCGGCCACCGCCGCCGCGGUCGCCGCCGCCACCGGGCUAUAAAAACCGGCAGAGCCCCGAAAGGUGCGGAUGCUUAUUAUAGACCAACGCGACCUCAGCUCCCGGAGCCCGGUUCUCCGCUGCGGCUUUUGGGAACGAGCUCCUCUCAUUGCAUCCACAGAGGCGUGCGUAAAGCUCCGAGGGCCGAGGGAGGGAGGGAGGACCCUGCAAAAACUGCGACUAUCCCUCGGGGCCAUGGACUCGGACGCCAGCCUGGUGUCCAGUCGCCCGUCGUCGCCAGAGCCCGAUGACCUUUUUCUGCCGGCCCGGAGCAAAGGCAGCGGCGGCAGCGGCUUCACGGGAGGCACAGUGUCCUCGUCCACGCCGAGCGACUGCCCGCCAGAGCUGAGCGCAGAGCUGCGCGGCGCCAUGGGCGCGGCGGGCGCGCACCCCGGGGACAAGCUGGGCGGCGGCGGCUUCAAGUCCUCCUCGUCCAGCACUUCGUCGUCCACUUCGUCGGCGGCCGCGUCGUCCACCAAGAAGGACAAGAAGCAGAUGACGGAGCCCGAGCUGCAGCAGCUACGCCUCAAGAUCAAUAGCCGCGAGCGCAAGCGCAUGCACGACCUCAACAUCGCCAUGGACGGGCUGCGCGAGGUCAUGCCUUACGCGCACGGCCCGUCGGUGCGCAAGCUCUCCAAGAUCGCCACGCUGCUGCUGGCGCGCAACUACAUCCUCAUGCUCACCAACUCGCUGGAGGAGAUGAAGCGACUGGUGAGCGAGAUCUACGGCGGCCACCACGCGGGCUUCCACCCGUCAGCCUGCGGUGGUCUGGCGCACUCGGCGCCCCUGCCCCAUCCCCACCCCCUGGCCUCACUCCCCACCUACGGCUUUCACGCACUCGCAGUGAUUGUUUUGCCCGCUCCCGCUCCCGCCGCCGCCGCCGCCGCCGCCGCCGCCGCCGCGGCCGCUGCCGCGGUGUCCAGCGCCUCCCUGCCCGGCUCCGGGUUGUCGUCGGUGGGCUCCAUCCGGCCCCCGCAUGGCCUGCUCAAAUCCCCGUCGGCUGCGGCGGCGGCCCCGCUGGGGGGCGGAGGCGGCGGCAGCGGGGGCAGCGGCGGCUUCCAGCACUGGGGCGGCAUGCCCUGCCCCUGCAGCAUGUGCCAGGUGCCACCGCCGCACCACCACGUGUCUGCCAUGGGCGCCGGCAGCCUGCCGCGCCUCACCUCCGACGCCAAGUGAGCUGGCCGGCGCCGGCGCGAUCUGGCGAGCGGAGGGACACUGAGGCUGCGGGGAAGCACAGAACGGCGGCGCCGGGGGCCCGGGAGCUCAGCUCCGAGGAGCGCAGGACCUGGGGCUGGGGGUGGGGGUGGGGGCAAUGGCGAGGACACCCACACUGGGGAACCGGAGCAAUGGGGGGCGCUCACUGAACAGUGGGGAGUGAGAGGGGCGUUCGCUCUGGGACCUGGUUCAGCCCUCUCUGGCUUUAAACAGCGCUGCUCCGAUAGACACCAUUUUAUAAGAAAGCACUGCUAGGUGCAUCCCUCCCUCGACACCCCUCCCCCGCCCAUUCCCAAGAAAGAGUGGAUUCUUAAAACGGUGGUUUCCUCGAGAACAGGGCCUCACUCGGCCCGGGCAGCACUUCGUUACAUGGGGGCGGGGAGGACGGAGGCCAGCGUGGGCGACUGCCUCUCCUUCCUCGGUUCCCGGCGGGUGGAGACUCGGGGGAAGCUGCGCUCCGCCAGCGGCGGUCGGGCCUCGGCCUCCAGGGUCGUCCCUGGCCCAGGGCCAGGGGCUACGAGUUAGUUGGAAGCUGGCGUUCGGUACCAGAAAGAAGCACUUACGGUCG